GCAAGCGUUCUCUACCAGAGUCAUCAACCGUGGUGAGAAGAGACGACAGGAACAGCUCAGCUGAUGAGGCCAAGCUGACCGCUCUCUGCUCCAAACAAACUCAAGACUUCCUCUCGUCUACCAUUCUUCCGUCCAUCGCCCUGCCGCCCCCCCCAGACUCGGCCACCAUGCCUCCUCAGGUCCAGUCCCGGAACCAGGGCGGUGCCCGGGUCCUGCAGGGCGACCUCAGCGCCCUCAGCCCGGCCGUCAGGGAGUUCGUGGACACCAACGCCGCUCUGUGCCAACCCGAGUCCAUCCACAUCUGUGACGGCUCUGACGAGGAGAACCGAGCCGUCCUGACACAGCUGGAGGAGCAAGGGAUGAUCAAGAAGCUCAGCAAAUACGAGAACUGCUGGUUGGCCAGGACCGACCCGAUGGACGUGGCCCGUGUGGAGAGUAAGACGGUGAUCGUGACCCGGGACCAGCGGGACACGGUGCCCACGCCGCUGGGCGGGGGAGUCAGCCAGCUGGGCCGCUGGAUGUCCCAGGAGGAGUUCGACAAGGCCAUGGCCCAACGCUUCCCCGGCUGCAUGAAAGGGCGCACCAUGUACGUGAUUCCCUUCAGCAUGGGUCCGGUGGGCUCCCCGCUCUCCAAGAUCGGCGUGGAGCUGACGGACUCCCCCUACGUGGUGGCCAGCAUGAGGGUCAUGACCCGCAUGGGCACAUCGGUGCUGACCGCUCUGGGCAACGGCGAGUUUGUGCGGUGUCUGCACUCCGUCGGCUGUCCUCUGCCCCUCAGAAAGCCGCUGGUGAACAACUGGCCCUGCAACCCCGAGCAGACCUUGAUCGCCCACAUCCCGGACCGGAGACAGAUCAUCUCCUUCGGCAGCGGCUACGGAGGGAAUUCCCUCCUGGGGAAGAAAUGCUUCGCUCUGCGCAUCGCCUCGCGCAUCGCCAAGGAGGAGGGCUGGCUGGCCGAGCACAUGCUGAUCCUGGGCAUCACCAACCCCGCUGGAGAGAAGAAGUACAUGGCGGCGGCGUUCCCCAGCGCCUGCGGGAAGACCAACCUGGCCAUGCUGCAGCCCACGCUGCCCGGCUGGAAGGUGGAGUGUGUCGGGGACGACAUCGCCUGGAUGAAGUUCGACAGCGAAGGGAACCUACGAGCCAUCAACCCUGAGAACGGGUUCUUCGGUGUCGCCCCCGGCACCUCGGCCCAAACCAACCCCAACGCCAUGGCCACCGUGAUGAAGAACACCGUCUUCACCAAUGUGGCGGAGACCAGCGACGGUGGCGUGUACUGGGAGGGCAUGGACCAAACCCUGCCUGAAGGCGUCACCAUCACGUCCUGGAAGAACCAGCCCUGGAGCCCCGAAGAUGGAGAACCCUGCUCCCAUCCCAACUCCCGGUUCUGCACGCCGGCCGGACAGUGUCCCAUCAUCGACCCGCAGUGGGAGUCCCCGGAGGGCGUCCCCAUCGAGGCCAUCAUCUUCGGCGGCCGCCGGCCUCAAGGCGUUCCUCUGGUGUACGAAGCAUUCAGCUGGCAGCACGGCGUGUUCGUCGGGGCGUCCAUGAGGUCGGAGGCAACGGCUGCAGCUGAACAUAAAGCUAAGGUCAUCAUGCACGACCCCUUCGCCAUGCGACCGUUCUUCGGCUACAACUUCGGCCAGUACCUCUCCCACUGGCUGAGCAUGGCGGACCGGCCCGGGGCCAAACUGCCCAAGAUCUUCCACGUCAACUGGUUCCGCAAGAGCCCCACGGCCGGCUUCCUCUGGCCCGGCUUCGGCGACAACGUGCGCGUGCUGGACUGGAUGUUCCGGCGGGUGAAGGGCGACGCGGGGGCCGAGCCCUCGGCCGUGGGCUACCUGCCCUGCCGCGACGCCCUGGACCUGCGGGGCCUGCGGGGCCCGCUGGACCUGGACCAGCUCUUCUCCCUGGACCGGGACUUCUGGCAGACGGAGGUGCAGGACGUGAGGAAGUACUUCAGCACCGAGGUGAACGUGGACCUGCCCGGAGAGGUGGCCCGGCAGCUGGAGCUGCUGCAGCAGAGGGUCAGCCAGAUGUGAAGAGGAAAAGAACCUCCCUGAAUGAACGCUGUUGUUUCUUGUUCAGCACGUCUGUUAGUCCUGAAAUAAAACUUGCAAAUCCUAGAAUGACAAAUAACGAUAUUCUAGAGGAGACAGUUAGUGAACAUGUCUUUCAGAAAAGGAGAAUAAAUUUAUAACAGCUCGGCUGAUGGCCGUAUUUCUUCCUUACCACUUUUAUGCAAGUACUUUUAUGAGUACGGAGGAA